CUGAAACGAGCUCUUCGUUUCCAUAGUGCAUUUCACGUAGUGAGAUGGAACGUAGAUUAACUUUACCAGCCUUCGUCAUUUUUGACAUGGUUCAAAAUGGAAUGGUGUGAUUAGUGAUAUGUUGUUUCAUAAGUUUCUGAAGUAAUAAUUCAAUAUGUUUAUGCGUCGCUGUUGCUGCAAAGGAGUGGACAUCUUCAGCAACGUCCCACGGACCCUUGCCAUGGCUGUGCUGCACAGCUCCCUGGUGUUGACUGUGCACUUGUUGGAGCACGACCAGGACACUUCGGUACCACGGGGUUGGGUGCACACAGGACGGGUAGCCCCCUCGGACCGUGUCCAGCUGACGUUUGCUCUGAAGCAGCAGAAUGUGGACAGGUUGAGAGAGCUGCUGGGUCUGGUGUCUAAUCCGGACUCACCGCAAUACGGGAAGUUUCUCACCUUGGAAGAGGUCACAUCACUGGUGCACCCCUCUGAUCUGACACACAAGGUGGUGUGGGGAUGGCUGCAGAGCCAUGGUGUCGCAGCCUGCCACACGGUUCUGACACAAGACUUCCUGCAGUGUGAUACCACAGCACAGGUGGCUGAGACGCUGCUUCCAGGGAGCGAGUUUCACCGCUACAGAAAGGGCCGUCGCUCAGUGGUGAGGUCACCAGCACGGUACUCGGUUCACGCGGACCUCGCCCAGCACCUAGACUUCGUGGGAGGAGUUCACCGCUUCCCAACUGAGAUGCAGACUGUCAGCCGAGCCUGGACCAAUGGGGCACGGCAUGAAGCAAAGUUUCACCUGGGUGUGACACCCGUCGUCCUGAGGAGCCGCUAUAAUUUGACUGCAGCGGAUGUAGGUUCUGCAGAGAACAACAGCCAGGCGGUGGCUCAGUUCCUAGAGCAGUUCUACCACCCUGCUGACCUGGCGGAGUUCAUGGCCAUUUUUGGCAGCGGGUUCAAGCACAUGUCCCAGGUAGCUCGGGUGGUGGGCACCCAGGGGGGAGGCAAAGCCGGGCUGGAGGCUAGCCUCGAUGUGGAGUACAUCAUGAGCACAGGCGCCAACAUCUCAACAUGGGUCUUCACAAACCCAGGGCGCCAUGAGUCUCAGGAGCCCUUCCUGCAGUGGAUGCUGCUGCUCAGUAAUAUGUCCUCCGUGCCCUGGGUCCAUACAGUGAGCUACGGUGAUGACGAAGACAGUCUGGCAGCAGCGUAUAUGAUGCGCAUCAAUAAUGAGUUCAUGAAGGCAGGCAUCCGGGGAAUCUCCAUUCUGUUUGCCUCCGGGGAUAGUGGUGCAGGCUGUCGACACCUAACCAAAGGGACCAACGCUUUCAGGCCGAGCUUUCCUGCAUCAAGUCCCUAUGUGACCACUGUGGGAGGGACAUCCUUCAAGAACCCUUUCCAAGUUACCUACGAGGUGACAGACUACAUCAGUGGCGGUGGCUUCAGCAACAUCUUCCCCAUGCCUGACUAUCAGUUGGCUGCAGUCAGUGCUUACCUGAAAGGUACAACCCUCCCCCCCAAAACGUACUUCAACACCAGUGGGAGGGCAUACCCGGACAUCGCGGCCCUCUCGGACAACUAUUGGGUGGUGUCGAACCGUGUACCCAUCCCCUGGGUGUCUGGCACUUCAGCCUCCACGCCUGUGGUGGGGGGCAUGCUGUCCCUCAUCAACGACCAGCGCUUUCUCAAAGGCCUCCCUUCCCUGGGCUUUCUCAACCCGCGCCUGUACCAGCUGAAGGGCCAGGCCCUUUUUGACGUGACCGAGGGGUGUCACUUGAGCUGUCUGGAUGACCAGGUGGAGGGAAAGGGCUUCUGUGCUGCUCCAUCCUGGGACCCGGUCACAGGCUGGGGUACGCCCAACUACCCUUCUCUGCUGGCCACCCUCUUGGACAAGUGAACUACGGAGCCUUGACCGUCUGUUCACACAAGGCACUGAUUCUGCCCUGCUGUUGUGGUUGGCGCAGGUCCAAGAGACUGCAUCUGCUUUUUGGAAAAGGUCUUCAGAUUCUGUUGCUCUUCCAUUGGCUGUGUCCUGUGUGCUUUUCUUCCACUGCCUUUGUUCACUGAACUUGGCAAUUCUAUAGCAUCCAUACAAGUGGUGAACAACUUAAUGAGGGAAAUCAGAAAUCAUAUCAAAACAAUCAUUGUUUUUAAUUUUUUGGAACAAAGACCUUGAGUUGUGUGUUUCUAAUGUUCUUUAUUGGCUUGAAGUUUGCAUCUUUGUUUUGACUUGCAUUUGUGUCUGUGCUUUAUAUUUUACAAUGAGGGAAUGAUUGUAAAAAAAGUUUUAAAGUACUCUGUAAAAAUAUUAUGUAAAAUUACACUGAUGCUGAUCAGAGAAAUCUAUUGUACAUAAAAUGAAGACCUUGUAUUAAUUUCUAAAAUUAAAUCAGGGAGGCUUCCUGGGUCAUCUUUUUUAUAACUUAAUUUUGGCAAACUUUAUUUAAUGCUAACUUUUGCUACACUAACCCUGUAUAUGUUGAGCAGGAUAUAUGAAGACGAUGUCUAUACCACAGUACACCAUGGUAACCAAAGUUUAGAAUAUUUUGACUGCUGUCCCAGGCAAACGCAGGUGUACGUGCAGACCAGUGCUGCAGUGAACUCUAAACUCGAAAUAAAGGUCAUGCAUUUGGUUUCCGUACCUCUUUUUGAUGAUCCAUCAUUCAGUUGAAGAUGGUUCAGGCUUUUCUCUAGUGGACCGCUGGGGCAGUUGCAUCACCACAGCUGAUCCCAGCAGCAUCAAUACGUUAAUCAGGAAGGCUACAUCCCUCCCAGGAGCGACGUUCAUCCAGGGAUUCCCUGGCAGACAUCACACGAUUCCCAUCCUCUGUGCGCUACCCGAGUAAAACAAAGGCGCACUUUCAGUAAAAGUUUGGUCCAGCUGUGGCUUUACAAGUCCUCAGACACUGACAACAUACUAAGUGGCACUAAGGUGUCCCACUGCACUGUGACUUGUGUAUAAAUAUGCCUCCUUUCCCCUCGCUUCUCUCACUAUGUACAGAUGUCCUAUCCAUGUUCUACAUUCAAAGUGGCAUUUCCCUGAAGGACUAAUAAACCUCAUUCAUUUGUCUUGCAAGACUUUUUACUGCUCAUUCACUCAUUCCCAUAACAAGGUGAGCAAAGGUUCUCUCACUGUGUUCUAAGAAACCUAAUUUUUGACCUCAAUUCUUCAAAAAUACUGCAAGUGC